AUGCGUAUUCAUAUAUUGUAUUUAAUUGCUUUUCUAAAUAAAUUAUCAUGUGAAGGUAAUCUGAUUAUUCAAAAAAAAAACAUUCAAAGAGAUUUUAGGAGACGCCAACGUUUUUUUGGAACAACCAUCCACAGAGCCUUACUAUAUACGCGAAGGAGACAGAGGAUUAACUUUGCCUUGUGCAUUUAACCAUCAACUUUUGAAUCGCGGUAAAUAUGAAAUAAAUUGGGCACACUACAAUAAUGGGAAAUUAAGGUGAGUCGUCUGAAUUCGGAAAACCAAUGAGUAAGAAACCAUAAACGAACUGUGAGAUUUCAGAAUAAUAUCAAAAAAUGAAAAACUUCUUGUUAAAAAAUCAUCUGAAUUCACAUUAGACUCGGAUCUUCAAACAGGGAAAUACAAUCUCAUCAUCACGACCGUUGACACAAAAAACGUCGAAGGAACAUAUUAUUGCAAUGCUAUUUCAACUGAUGCAUCCGAUGUACAGCAUUCAACGUUUGCUAACGUUAUUGUUCUAGGUUAGUAUCAGGCAACAUUUUAACACGAUUCUACAAAAACGCAUUCAUUGCAGUUCCGCCCGGAAAUCCUGUAAUAAAUAUAAAUCCAUCUGAAAAUGUGAUUGAAGGGGAUUUAAUAACAUCCAAAUGCGUUUCGAUUGGUGGAAGUCCACCUCCGUCUUUCCAGUGGACGCUUCCCAACAAAACUUUGGCUAGUUCCACAAGUUUUUCAACUUAUUCUAGAGAUGGUGCAACUGAAAGCUUGUUACAGUAAGUUUUUUUUUGUGUCAUUAAAAAAAAAAUUUUUAGCUUUCGCGUCAUUGCUGAUGAUAACGGAAAAGAAAUUCAGUGUAAUGUUACAAAUAAAGCAUUGAGCGAAGUAGAGAGGAAAGGAGUGAAGAGUGCAACAUUGAACGUUUUGUAUAAACCAAUUGUUUCUGUAUCUCCGUCUGAAAAUGUUACACAUUUGUCAGUUGAAGAAGGAACAUAUGUUAAUUUGACAUGUGAAGGAGUGUCAAACCCACCCAUUCAUAGCUACGAAUGGUUUGAUGAAAACAUUUGAAAAAAAUCUAAGGGAAUUUUCAGGAAACACUUGCCAACAGGUGAGCGCUACCAAGGAAAAAUCUGGUCUGUCCAGAUGAAUGUCUCAGUUUACGGAGGUUUUGAAUGCAAAGCAAUAAAUGAAGUUGGAGAAACAACUGCAUUAUUGAACGUGGUUGUACAGAACACUCCAAGAGUGACUGUUCCGGUAAUUUUCACUUGCGCUUUAAAAAAGUGAGUAUAUUUAUAGGUGUCAGUGAGUCCUCAUGAAAAAGAAGACGUUUCCGUCAAGUGUGAAGUCUUAGCAAUUCCAAAAGCGGUAGAUAUCAAGUGGUUUGGACCAAACAAUUUUCGACAGAAUGGGUCUGAAUUAAUCUUGAAAUCUAUUUCUACGUGAGUGCAUUUUGUAAGACAAAUCAAAUAAAAAUAUUAGAUCUCAAACGGGCAACUACACCUGCAUGGCUACUAAUUUCUUGACAGUUUAUGGCCAAUCAGGCUCGCAGCAACGAGUUGGUGCGGGAACAACUUUAAUUAAUGUGAAACGAAAGCCUGGAACUGCACAUAUCACUGGGAACAUUGAAGUAGACGUCGGAGAAAUGAUUGAACUUAACUGUCAUGCUGAAGACUCCGGAAAUCCUAAAGCCUUUUACUCGGUCUGUGCACAUUUUCAUCUUGGUUUCAGAUUCUUUGUCUAAGACCACAAUGAUGAUGCAGCAAAAAUUAAUUUUUUGAGAAAAAGUUGAGACACCUCGGUAGACUUCUGCAACUUCUCAGCAAACGUUGGGGUGAUAGCAGCUUUAGAACAAAAGUUCAUUGACUUUCGAGCAAACGUUUGGGACUAGAAGUUUUAAGCAAAACUUCAGCAUUUUCUGAGAAAACUUUCAGCGCCAUUAACUUUUCAACAACACUUUAGCAGCUUUUUAAGGAAGCGUCAGGUGAAAAAAAUUUUUGGACAGACGGACGGACGCCUCUUGUCUUUAAUUUAUAAGGAAGACAAAUUUCAAAAUCAAGUCAAAAUGCUUUUUUCGGAAAAUAUUUUGCGGACUGUGUUAGUUUUUACAAAUUUCUAGUUUCAGUGGUCGUCUCCUUCCUCGAGUGGAAUCUAUGGCUUGGAAGGUCACAAUAAUCAAAUUUUUAUGCUAAAAAAUGCGCAACUUGCUGACAAUGGAAUGUACUAUUGUAAACUUUACAACAAUAUUGGAGAAGGAAAAAUUGCUUCUGUUAACAUUACUGUACGUUUUUAAGAACAACAGAAUGUCGAAAAAAGAAUUUGCAGGUGAUUGAAAAAGCAAAGAUUUCUAGCCCGUUGACGACUGAGCACAUUUUUACGACAAACGAGCAAAACAAGAUGCUUCAAUGUGAAGCGCAAGGAUACCCGAUGCCAAAAAUUAUAUGGUUGAAAAAUGGAAAAACUAUUGAACCAAAUGAGUACACGGUGGCGGAGAAUUCAAAUUCUAAAUGCGAUUCAAACGAUUUCUGCGUUCAAACAAUUUCGAGUACUCUCAACCUUCCAGACCCUUUGAAGUGGUGCGAUAAAGGAAAUUUCACUUGUUUCGCUGAGAACGGUUCAUCGAAAAGAGACAAAAACUACAGUUCAUGGACUAUAGUUCGUCUUAUACAUAAACCAGUUAUUCUGAAGAAAACAUUCGAUGGGAAAUCUCUUUUUGGAGCGGAAGUUGGUUCUCAAGCUGUAUUGAAGUGUAAAGCAUCUGCUCGACCAAAACCAGAGUUUCGCUGGUUUUACAAAGGUUCCGAGUUGAUUGAAAAUGAUAAGCAUUCAAUGCAAGUAAAAACAUUCGAUGAUGUUCCUGAUGAGUAUGAAAUAUCACUCCGCAUUGAGAAUAUCGAAGAAAAUGAUUUUGGCAGUUAUGUUUGCCACGUCACAAAUGGCAACGGAGAAGAUAAAAAUACAAUUGAGCUACUUCAAACAAGCUCACCACAAAGUCCAUUAGAUUUCAACAAAUUUGCUGUUUCUUCAAAUUCGGUAGAAUUGGUUUGGAUUCCGCAAUUCGAUGGCGGACUAAAUCAGAGUUUCGUCGUGGAACUCAAAAAAUUUGAUCCGCUAACAGGGGAAAUCGAUAAGAACAUCUUUUUAACAACAAGAACGAUCAAUGAGGUACAUCGCCAUUCAAAACAAGAAGUUUGUCAUAAAAAAUAAGUUAUCACAAUCUUAAUUUUUCUAGCUUGACGGAACGAUUAAUUCAAAAUGCUAUUUUAAUCUUUCUGGUCUCACACCUUUGACAACUUACUUUGGGCGCAUACAAGCAAAAAAUGACAGAGGAGCGUCAGACUUUUCUCCUGCGCUUGUUUUUUCAACGGAAGAUGUAUCAGAAGAUUUGCACAUGAUGCCACCCAGUCGUCUUGUAUAUAACAAAAAUGCCCAAACAUUAAACGUAGAGGUAAUUCUAUUAAAAUUCUCCGCUUCUCUUCAUUUAUUCUAUAUUCAGCCUCAAAAACCUGUUGAUGCUUGUACACUUCUCUAUGUUCGAACAAACGAAAAAUGGAGAAUUCUUGACUGCUACAGCGAUAGUAGUGAAAUUUUGAACAUUGCAGCUGGCAAAGAAUAUAAAGCUCGCUUUUGUUCAAUCUCUAAUCAUCUGAAAUGUUCACCACUGUCACUAACAAUCAGUAUGUUUCUAGUUUUAAAACACGUUUAAAAACACAGUUUCUUGAUUCAGUCGUAUUGAAAUUUUUAUUUUCAGCGAGUGGUUCAAAGAGCAUAUGGAAAAUCGAAGUGCUGUCAUUUAUUUUUUUCUUGUUUAUUUUUCUUUCGUCGUGCAUUUUUCUCUUUGUUUGCUGCAAAACUAGAACAACUAAAAAAUCGUCUAAUUUAUCGUAAGUUGAACGUAUAUGUGAAAUUCAAAAUCAAUACUUUUAGACCAAUAAUUUUAUCACUGACAAGUGACCCCACGGAGAAAAAGGUUGACGUUGGAUCAUUAACCUCAAAUGAAUUGGACGUAAACUACGAAACAAAGUUGAGCUUGAAGUAUGCUAUCAAAAUGUCUGUCUUUUUCCACAUUGUUUUCAGAAUGCACAGAGAUAUUCAGAUGCCAAAUGACAUUGAGGAAAUUAGAAAUAUUGAACAAUCAGACUGUUAUUAUCAAGAGAAAUCUCACACUCUAAAAAGUUUCCUAAAAUUCACAAUUUCCAAAUAUGUUUCCAUUCAGAUUCUAUACUUUGUACAUUCUCAAAACGAAAUAGCGUCGAGGAUAUUGAAGGAGACAGCACAUUUGAAAAACCGCGAAUUGUUAAAGAGAUGAUUGUAUAAGAUUUUCUACUAAACAAACUUUACUCGUUUUCUAUCAAGAUUUAAUUAACGUUGUUCCAAGGUCGGGUUUACUGCUUCUAUUACAAUGCUCAUUUGAUAUAAAUAAAAACAAUUUUUGUCCAAUACGUGUCAAUACUUUUCAAAAAAUGUUAAUGUUUUUAAGUUUAAAAAUGGCGCUCGAGAAUAUUUCUGAUUCGGCAACUUCAAAAUCGGAUUCAGAGAACAAAGUUACGAUUUUCGUGAAGAUACUUGAAAAACUGUUCGAACUGUCUUGAUAAAACUGAAAAUAGGAAUCUUGCAACCGUUGCAAAAUAAUACGGCCACUCCAGCGAAUUAUGCGUUUUCACUGUCUUGUCGGUAACUUUCGGUUAAUGCCGCCAUCUUCUGAGCAAACUUCCUUCUGCAAGAGUGAUGACUCAUUUGGCGACGACGGAGUAGGGCGAUUUACUGUGCGCAAAACACUAAGAAACACGAGUGCCGGGUUAUAUAAGUUUUAUCAAAAUGGGAGGUGUUGCGAAGCCCCAGCCCUUCGUACAACUCUGUACGAACAGAUCGGUUUCGCAUCUUCUUUCAUUCCGGUGCCACCGGAGAAUCCUCGUUUUCCACCGGCCGAUGAACCGAGCGCUCAAUAAAUAGUCGAUUUAUUCUCUCUAAAUCUCCCUUUAUUUAUGUCUUUCUCUUUCUUUCACACUAAUUCAAUAAUUUUGUAUCCUUUUAUCACUUCUCUCCGGCGAAUUCGCCCUCCAAAUAAUCGAUCCAGCUUAUAGUGCGUGUUGUGCGUGUUCUCGACGCUCCCAAACGCGCCGCGCCCGGCGACAUUCGUCCGCGCGCGCGGCUAUCGUGGCGAGACCCGCGACCCAAAAUUCCUACUGGUUUUUCGAUAAUUAAUUCACUAACAAAAAUUUUUUUUCCAGCUAAUUGCUGCCUUUUUUCCGUCAAAACUUGACGUUUUUACCUCACAUUUUUUCCGGUUCUGUUCCGCUAAACCUUCCGCCUUUUUGUGACUCCUUUUGCCGCGUUUUGGGCUUGUUUACGGCUCAGAACUCUCUCUGUGCCCAGGCCCACGGUCUCCACGGUCGGGACGCCACGGGUCGUCAUUACGGGCCAUGUCAGCUGCGAACAAACCGUCUAUGCAUUUUCUUUGAGGUUUUUCCCCUGUUUCCAACAAGUUUCCUCACCGUCGCUCGUCGACCACGUGUCGGCCACGGCCCAGAGGAUUUUUGCCCUACGGGGCUUUUUGCCUCUUAUACUUUCGACUUAAAUAAAUUUGAAUUCUUUAUUAACUUGUGUUAUGUUUCGCCACGCUCAUCUUAUACAAUUUUUACUCGUUUUCUUUCCCUCUUUCGCAAGCAGUCCAUCAGACCCAAGACUAUCAGAGUCUUUCGGGACCGUCGUUCCGACCUGUUAAACCGGAGGCUCAACAGGAGGAUCGUAUACAGAAUCAAGGUGGGAUAAGGAUGCUAUUCAAUAUCAAAAUUCAAAAGUUUGACGAAUUGUCUGGAAGCUUCCAGAAGCACUUAGCCGAAUAUUAAGAUCUCAAAAUAAUCCCCAUACUUUAUAGUACCACACUGCUUUAUUUUCAGAAUUUUCCAGAUGGGAGAAAAAGGACUUCGCUAGUGAGAUAGCUUUCGAAAAUUUCACGCGUUUAACGUCUGGUAGAAUUACACUUGUAUGAAUGAGACUUGAAAAACGUAGAUACCAAACAACCGUUUUUCUGCCUAGUCCCCUAAAACGUUGGACUUCAACAGAAUUCUUCCUUGUUUCGUCGUUUUCUCGCUCACUUUCCUCACUUCUUUCUCAUUCUGUUUCUCCAUGCUCUUGCUCUUUUCUCUCUUUCUCUGAAGCUUAGUGUUUUUGCGAGAUAUUGUGUGCAACAGCCGAUAUUAUGCGAGGUUCACGCACAUAACUCAGAUUUACUAAUGUUUGCCAUUCCUUUAUAUUACAUGAAUACCAUUCAAACAAGUUCAUGAAUAACGUCAAAUAUUUUACGUAACAACAAGUAUGGAGCAUACACAAACUUUGCUUAUAUAUAUUUCUGUCAUGUUAAAUCAUUGAAAUCAAAUGUAUCAAAAAAGGCUUCGGACUUGAACAUGGACUUUAAAAAAAUUGUUUUAUUUUUAGUUAGAAAGUUCACGUUUUUACUUAUCAAUUUCUACUUUUUAAAAUUUUAUGUAGAAAUAAAAAAAGUUAGGACGUGAGUACAGACAAAGAAUAAACGUACAAACAAACGGAAAUACCUCCCAAGACUUUCAUUCAUAAUAAUUAUCACUCUCGAUUUAUUUUUGCAGGUCAUUGCACUGGAAACAUGAGCUCACAAAAAAAAUGUUGUGUUCCUAAUGAUCUUCGACCAAUACUGGAAGCAUUAGCCCGUGAAGUGCUACGAAAUCAACCAUCCGAUGUAGCUUAUUUCGGACAUAUCUUUUUUGAUCAAUUUUUGAAACACCGCGAUGGUAAAUUCCUUAUUUUUACCCAGAAAAUCUCAAACUUCUAUGAGUACGUGCUCAAUUGUGUUUUCAGGCUUAAGCUAGAUUAAAUUCAUCACGAGUACAUAUUUCAGAGAACAAAGACAUUUUGAACGACCAGGCUGCUUACGAGGUGUUCAGAGCCGAUGUUCAGAGAAAGGUUACAUUUUUACGAUAAUUCUACGAUAAAUUCUCAAUUAUGACCACAUCAACUGAUCAUUAGAAUGAUUUCUGAAUACAAUUUUGUGAAUACAGAUAAGCCUAUUGAUGGCACAAGACCGAUCUUCUAGCCCACUUGAUUCAGCAGCCACUAAGAUUCAAGCAGUGUUCAAAGGACAUUUGGUAUUUAAAAGGCAAUGUCUGAGAACCUCGAAAUUCGCUAAUUACACCAGGUCACUAAAAAUUCAGAAUGCUUCAAUUUGCCCCAUAUUAUACCCAAUGGGUACUUACAUAGCAGUGAUACAUCAGACAAGUUUUGGUCCGGCUCCGUGGUCCCUAGUCCGAACACAUAGCAGUGAUACAUCAGACAAGUUUUGGUCCGGCUCCGUAGUCCCUAGUCCGAACACGGUCCCAAAAUAGAUCAAAACUGUAACCUAUUUCAAAAAAUCCAAGCGACUCAAAUCAACGCCAUUGGAUUCCUCGCAUCUUUUUGAGUGUGUUUCACGUUGGGACCGAAAAUUUAGCACCCCUCAUUCAUGGAGAAAAAAAUUGGUUUGUGACAUUUUUCAGAUAAAUUUUCAGCUUUCUUUUUCAAAAUUUUAACACUACAUAGCUAUGAUUUUAUCGCUGAUUCUGAAUUUAGACGUUAUUGUGCUUCGACAAAAAAAAGUGUUUUUAAAGGUCUUGGAAAUGUUUGAAGCAUUCUUAAUUUUUAGUGAUCUGCUGUUUUUGAACUUCUCAGACAUUGCGUUUUAACACCUACUUAUCUCAAUCUCUCUAAUGCUUUCAUAGGUCCGUUCAAAUCCCGAAAAGUAUGGAAUGUCUAUCAGAACUUCGUCUUCCGAAAAAUUAGACGCGUCGAACAACAAAAAGGAUCAAAAGUGAGUCGGGACCCAAAAACAACUUGAUAGAAAAUAAUUCAGAAGACACUCGGUUGGUGGUUAUUCAAUAGAGAAGGAUACUCCUGAAGAUCGAGCGGCAACAAAGAUUCAAUCUGAAAUCCGCGGAUUCCUCACACGCAAACAUGUUGAGAAAAUAAAAAAAGAAGAUACUAAUGCCGCUACCAAAAUUCAAGCUCACAUUAGGUUGAAAUUUCACUAUUUCUGUAAAGCAUUUAACAUUUCAGAGGCUUCCUGACACGCAAACAUUUAGAUGAACAAGGACUUUCACCAUCAAGAAGUCACUCUUCUCUUCACUCAAAUCAGUCCGAUGACCAUUAA